UGGGCAGUGUACACACAACCUUAUGUCAACUGACAUUUCAAAUUAUAAAAAAGUUACCGGAUUUCAAACGGUCUCGGAGCGGGCGGUGUAUUUGUGUUUAGGUUCAACAGCUCUGCAUCGCAUUUUGGCAAGAUUCCCUCGGGUGCGCGCGUUACAUAAAAUGAACGUCGCGUUUCGUGCCACACAAAAAGGAUAAAAAUAGAUUUUGAGAAUUGUCGCGUGGAGGACGGAAAAUACGAGUGCGGGUGGCAUCUAUAGUGACUGAAACUCAGUGUGUGUGAGUGGUGACAAUCAAGUGUUUGAUAGUGUACUUGCGAGAUGGCCCACCAAGUGGAGCCGAUGGACAUAGACAGUGACUUUGAUAACAAGGAGAACAGUUUACACCACAACAAUGUGCUGCCGUUCACGGAGAAGGGCUACGAAGAGCUGGACGUGUCGGAGCUGAACAUGAAACUCAGGUACUCUGUCACUCCAGCUUCCUCGCCUAUGUCAAAGAGCUACACUGCCAACUGCCUUGACAAUAGAAGCUUAGAAUCAGGGGAUGACACUCUAAAUGUAACAAUCAAUGAGAAUAGUAAUUUAACAAGAUCACUUAAUUCUAAUUUGACUAAGAAUGACAGUGUUAUAAAAUGUAACAAAACUUUACCACUCCAAACAAUACCUACAGAGCAGUUUGUAGACAGUAAUAGGAACACAUCAGUGCUCCGGCCUUUAGACACAACCAUAACUCAGGAUAAUGGUAAUGUAACUGUCACUGUAAGCGGACCCAGUGACAUUGAUGAUCAUCUGAGUUCAUCGUCAUCUGCAGUACAAACUCCUGAAGCAACAACACCAACUAAGGAAAUCCCCAAGAGUGACGGUGGGUCUCCUAUAAUGCGGGGACUUAAGAGUGUACUUAACAUGUUCAGAUCAUCACAAAGUCCUAUACCACCUGCAGAGAGUGAUGAUGUCGUGAAACCAGACAUUCUGAGUCCGCUGGAAGCAACAGCGGCAUCCGAAGAAGUGAAAGCAAAGGCCAUGUUGGUCUCCACACCAAUUUCAGCACAUCGGAAGAAAGAAGCGAGUCCUACUAAAAGGAAUAGUCCAACUAAAGAAUCUAUUGUAUUUAAUGAGGACCUGGAGAAAGAGCUGCAGUGGAAAGAUGAGACAACUAUAAUAUUCAGCCAGGAGCGCAUUCCUAUACACAAAUUAUUCCCUCCACUUGGUCAACCUGCAACACAGAAGCCUACUUCUAGCCAAGAAGCAGCAACUCCACAGAAAACACAGGAUUUAGAUUCUACAGUUGAAUAUAUGGAUAUAUCGUACAAUGAUUCGAUUAGAGAUAGAACUAUGACAGACAUACAAGAUUUGGCUAAUAAGAGUGAUGGACCUGUAGCUGUUGAGUCCGACGGAGAGUUUGUGGACUGCGAAACUACAUUUACAAAGAAUGAAUCUGUACUAGAAGAUAACGAUAAGACUCCAAUGAAUAAAACGCAAGAUUUAAGUGAAGAUAUUGAGAAUAUAAGUGAAAAUACAAGUUCAAGGCUUAAGCAAAUAGUUCUGAAUACUACACAAGAUAUUUUAGAUGCCACUCUGUCAAUAACCCCAGAGGAUCUACUACCAGAAAGUUUGAUUAUAAAACCAGAAGUACCAGAACAAGUUUCACGGUGUACAAACACUACAACUGAUAAUUUAACUACAACUGAUAAUUUAACUACAACUGAUUAUUUAACUACAACCGAUAAUUUAACUACAACCAAUAAUUUAACUACAACCAAUAAUUUUACUACAACCAAUAAUUUUACUACAACCGAUGUUCCAAAUGAGCCCAAACUUGAAGAAUCCAUUGAAAUGAAUGACACAAAAUUAUUGGACGACACUUUGCACAAUAUAUCUGCUUCUGGAGAAAACAUUCCUAAUAUAAAUGAUACUAUGGCUUUAUUAAAUCAAACAGAAGACGGCCAGGAUCUUAAUUUCACUAAAACAUUUGAUAUUGAGCCAAAACUAGAUGAAACUGUAGACAUAAUUAAACCUACAGAUUGUGCCAAUGAUCCUAAUUUGACUAAAGUAUUAGAAAAUGUUACAGCCGAGACAUCAAUUGAAAAACAAGAUUGUUUAAAUGAAACAUUGAAUGGAAAUAUAAUGACUACUGAAGAAUUUAAUAAGCCAAAAGUGGAUGUGGAACAGAAUUCAAACCAAGUUUCUGAGCUUAACAAAACAAAUACUAUAAGCACACAAGACAAUGAGAUCAGUGCUUCUAAUAUUACUUUCACAAUAGAUUCUAGUCCUCAAAUACUCGAUGAAGUUAAUAAGUCAUUACAUACUCCUGAUGUUGAAGAAAUCUCUUUACCUGUUAAAGAGGUAUCAAUGACUGAGUUAGCUGCAGAAGUACCCUUACCUGAUGAAGAUGAUCUUGAUAAGGAAUCUAUUCCAGAUAUUGCUAAUGAAGCACCUAACAGUUUACCUUUAGAUCUUGUUGAUGACAUCAAAAUGCAAACUGAGCAACUAGAUACACCACAAAAUGUGCUUCCAGAAGUAGCAACACAAUUAGAAGGAAAUGAGAACAUUGAUGGUAAAGAAUCAGACAUAACUUUGACCUCUGAUGAAGUUGAUAAUAUCAAACAAGAGGCUGCUUUAUUUGAACCUUUAGUACAGGAAGAAGUUCCAAAAGUGGUUGAAGCAAUUAAUGUUGCAAGUGAACAAGUUUCUGAUGAGCACAAAGCUGAUGCACACACACAAGAAGCUGCAUUGUCUGAACCUUUAGUACAGGAAGAAGUUCCAAAAGUUGUUGAAGCAAUAAAUGUUGCAAGUGAACAAGUUUCUGAUGCACACAAACAAGAAGCUGCUUUAUUUGAACCUUUAGUACAGCAAGAAGUUUCAGAAGUUGUUGAAGCAAUAAAUGUUGAAAGUCAACAAGUUACCGAUGCACACAAAGUUGAUCCUGUUGAUUUACUACCAGUAACUAAUGAUACAGUUAGUACAGAAGCUCAGAAAAUAGUUGACCAAGUAAUCAGUGAUGUAGAAAUAAAGUUAGAUGCAGUCACAGAGCCUCUUAAUGCAACAGUUGAAUUUACCACUGAAGAAAAGCAAGGGAAUAUGUCCAUGAAUAUUAAUGAAAGUGUGGUUGAAUUAAAACCACUUCCUGAUAUCAUCAAUCAAGUGCCUAAUGUGGAAAACAUUGUAAUGGAAACUAUACCUGAACCAGUGAUACUAGAACAACCUACUGCUUUGCCAGAAACUAAUGAAAGUGUAGUUAAGGAAGAGAUUAUCUUGGAGCCUACUAUUAAAGAUGUACCGGAACUCUUAACACAAUCUCAGGUUUCUGAAGUAAUAAAACCUGAUGAUGUCGUUGGACAGGAGAUGGUUGUAAAUGCUGAUGAAGCUAAUAAAGUCUCUGUUGAAACCAGUGUUGUUGAAGAUACACCUGCAAGUGUUGACCAUACCAGUCCUGAUGUAAUUACUGCAGAACCUCUUAAGCUUGACGAUGAAGUUCAGCCUGUUGAGCAAGUUGAGGGACCUACCAGUGAAAACAUUGAAACCAAAACUGAAGAUGAAGAAAUUAUACUAUCUGAAAAUAAUAGUCCUUUUGUAUCAGUCAUUGCUGAAAAUAUUCCUGAAGAAGUUAAAGCAGAAGGAAAUGUUGAGGUUUCGAAUGUUAAUGAGCAGAUAGCGACAACCAACAGGAUCGUGUUCACUCCACCAGCCUCUCCACCAAUCGCCUCUAAGGGCUACAACUUCAAUUUUGACGAAAUCGAUGAUCCGUUCGCUACUAAAACCAAAAUAAGAAUGUCACCUUCCCUUGAAACUCCAGUCAAAACUGUUGAACCACCAAGUAUCAAAAGCGCAGACAAAAUUAUGCCGAAAAAAGAAAUCAAUAACAGGAGAAAAUCACAACCGGAGAGAACAAGACCUGCUGCUCCUAAGAGAAAGUUUAAUUCUACUUUUAGUGGUGCUGUUAAUGAUAAAACAGCUGAGAAAAUCGAAACUUCAGGUGAUGGUGACUUAAAAUUAGAAUCACCACCUAAUGUAGCUUUGGAACCUAGCAAUGUCGUGAUUGAAGAAAACAAAACAACUGAAGAAAUUACAACAGUGCAUGAAAAUACUUUGGAUGUCACUAAAGAAGUAGUUAAACAAGAACAAGAAGUUAAUGUGGUCGCCGCUACACCAUCCCCUGUGCAGACUGAUGACUUAAAAACUACUUCAUCUUCAGAGCAGUCUACUUAUUUCUCUGCGGGCACAUCAUCAAGCGAAAGCUUGCCUUCAAGGAAUGUCUUCAACAUACCAGAGAUUGAUGAUAUGAACUUUAAUCCGUUUGCAACAAAGUCUAAAAUGCGUCAAUCUCCAACUCCGAGUUUCUAUGAUAAUGAAGAAAAUCCUUUUGCUACUAAAUGCAAAAUUAGGAACACUCCUGAGUCUUCCAUGAUAUUACCGGAUAAUGAAAUAGUAAAAAAAGAAGACAAUGUAAUUACCGAAUUACCUAAUGACAAAAUAGACAUCGAGUUAAUGGAAAAGGAUUCUUCAGCAAACUUGAGUAAUGUAACUGCUUCAUCUAAAGCUACAGACGACAAAAAUGGCACCGUCAGAGAAGUAAAUACUGAUGACGAUGACACUGUCGAGGGACCUUUUCUAGAAGCCGAAGCUGGCGAUUUGCAUACUGAUGAUAAAAUGUUGGACUUUGAUGGUGAAAAUAUUGACAUGAUGCAGUUUAAUGAAUUACCACCUCAAGCAAAUGAUGAGAAUGCUGAUAAUGGUGAAUUGUUUAUAGAUGCAGAGGCUUUCGAGUUUCUCUUGAAUCAGAAUAAGAGUAACACAGUUGUUGACAGUGGUAAAGAGAGUUUGUUCCUCAAGUUUGAUCCACUUUUCGCAAAGAGAAUGUCAUCUAUCACAUCAGAUGGUUUGGUAGCUUCUUUGAAUAAAAUUCAGAAAAGACAAAGUACUCCUACAAAGGCAGCAAUGCCGGCGAAGGAAGACAGGUCUCCUAUUCCUGGACCUUCCAACUUGAACAUUACCCAAGACAUGGACAUAAGUGAGGAAUUCAAUGAUGAUCUUAACGUCACUGUGUCUAAGCCGAUGAUGGCUGUUCCCCCUGCUGUGAACACAGUAACACCUAGAAACAAGUCAUUGACCCCUAACAGAUCGAACAGGCGUUCUAUUACAUUCACGUCUCCUGCCAUGGCUGUUAUUGACAGACUACUGUCUUUGAGCGGCAACACUUCCCUAAUGCACGAUACCAGUGUCACACAACCGACCAGGGAACAAAAUGAAGCCGAUCUAGCUCUCACACAGUUACGAGAGCUUCUUGCUGAGAAAGAAAUAAACGUUUACAGUCUGAGGUCUGAAAGUAAAGAACUUAAAGAUAGAUUAUCUUCAUUAGAAUCUCAUUUGAAGAGCUUAGAAGAAGAAAGUCAGGAUAGACUGAAAAAGAUCAAUGACUUGAAUGCUCGGCUUGCUGAGAAGACGAAGAUCAAUAAAGGCAUGGCGGCUGUAGUCGAGGAAUAUGAGAGGACGAUAGCUAGUUUGAUCUCGGAAACGGCACAGGACAAGAAGAGGCACGCGGAAGAGAGAAUAAAACUAAUAAAUGAGAGAGAUGAACAGACGGCUCACUUAGCCAGUAUGGAGGUUUCAUUUAGCGACCUUCACAGUAAAUAUGAAAAGAGUAAACAAGUCAUUCUUAACUGUAAGGCAAACGAAGAUACAUAUAUAAAAUCUAUAAAAGCAUUUGAAGAAAACCUAACAAAAAUGCAAAACAAUUAUGAGCUUUUGAAACAGCACGCGACGUCGAAGCUCAACCACGCGAACCAGGAGUUAGAGAAGAUGAACAGGGCGCACGAGGCGGAGGUAUUGAAGCUUAAUGCCAUGAUAAAGAGGAAAGAGCUCCACAUCACGUCACUAGAAGAGUCCCUUGCGCAAAAGACGAAGGCGAACGAGGAGCUGACAGCCAUAUGCGAUGAACUCAUCAAUAAGGUUGGCUGAGUAUAUUUUAGGCUUUUCUAUAUUUGUUGUGUCUGUGAUCUAGGCGGAUACUCCGAGACUUGCUUUUGUGCUUAUCCUAAGAUAAGUAGCAUUAAGUUGUAACUAGUCUCUACGUUAUUGUGCCAAAUCAUUUUAGUGUAACGACAUUUUAUUCCUGUUGUUUAAUAUGUACUCAAAGACUGCAAAAUGUGAUAAAAUUCGAUUUCUAUAAUCAUGUUACAGUGUAUACUUAUAAAUGUAAUGUUAACGAGACCAUGUUUCACCCAGUACAUCAGACCACAGCACUAUUACAUUAUGCUGGCCAUAAUUAAAGUGUGCGGAUUAUAAGUCAGACACAGAUCUUGAUAUAAUGAAAAUGUAUAUUUUUUGUAUGUAUAACUGUUGUAUUUAAAUUCCCAGAUAUUUAUUUUGUAUGCAAACAUUUUCUACAAUAUUUUUGGGAAAAUAUAAAAGUACGCGAAAUGAUAUUUUUGUAGAUAUGUUAUUCAUGAAAAACUAUGAUAUAUUUGGUAUUUAGAUAAUUAUAAUGAUGUGUAUCCUGUUUGUAAUACCUGACUGUUUUAGACUAACAUCAUGAAAAAUGUUUACCGUAAGAUCGGGUUUCUUUGACUCUUGGGAGUAACUUUGACCCAACCCUCUAGACCAAUGAAAUAUGCUUUGUUCUGGAUGCCUAUUGGUUAAAGAAUUUGGGUAAAAGUUACCUCCUAGGGUCAAAGAAACCCGGUGUUACCGAUAAUGUUAAUGUUACUGCUCAUUAGCCUCGCGCUGUAACGUGCAGAUUUCGCGUUAACUUAAUCUAAGCAGUCUUUAUCUGACCAACCUCGAUUCUUCAAUUAAUAAUUGUGACAUAGCAUCUCAUUUUGUUCCAUAACUACCGAUCUCCAAUAAUAAUCCCAUUAUGCAAUUAGAUAAUAAUUUUGGACAUGACAAUAAAUUAUUCAAUGUGAAAUUAUAAUAGCUCGACUUCCAUAUAACGGGUUGUUUGUCAGUUAUUUUUGUAUAAUAUAGUUUUUAGUUAUUAUUUUAGCAAAUAAAGUUGUCAUUUUUCAUA